AACAUCGGGGGAUUCCCUCUACCAAAUAUUAGAACUGCCCAAGACUGCGACUGCCGAUGAAAUUAAAAAAACUUAUAGGAAACUCGCUUUAAAAUUUCAUCCGGAUAAAAAUCCUGGUAAUCCAGAAGCUGCUGAGAAGUUUAAAGAAAUAAAUAAAGCUCAUACAAUAUUAACAGAUUUAACAAAGAGAAAUAUUUAUGACAACUAUGGAUCAUUUGGUUUGUAUGUUUCGGAGCAAUUUGGCGAGGAAAAUGUCAAUACAUACUUCUUGAUGACUUCUGGAUGGUGCAAGGUAAUCUUCGGAGUAUGCGCCAUUCUGACGGGUUGUUACUGUUGUUGCUGUUUCUGUUGCUGUUGCAACUUCUGUUGCGGUAAAUGUAAACCGACACCGCCUGCCGACAGUGGUGAUUACCACAACCUGCAGCAGGGCCAGAAUUCCGGCGGGCCUACUAAUUCAGUACACGGUUUAAAUAAGGGCGAUGACAGUGAUGAAGAAGCAGUAACAAGCCAACCAACUAGUGGUGCAGCCCAGGGUGCUGCCUCGAACACGGUGUUUGCAAUGCCUCCUCCACCAUCGGCAACAGCUAACGAAAGUACGAAUUUAAACAGCGGGGGAGAACGCGUUAUUUACACCACCACAAACCCUUUCGCAGCACCAGCAGCUCCAUCAGCAAAUCCAGUGACAAAUCCAUUCGCUGCAGAAGCCGCUGCAGCCUCCGCAGCUACCAAGUGGUAGUAAGGAAGAAAUCAUUACAGUUAUAAAAAAAAAUUUGGGCAUCAUAGGUCAUCUGUUUUCAUUAGAUGUCCUAAGUAAUUAUAAAUUAUUAAUUAUUAAAUAUAAUAAUAAUAAUGACAAUUGAUCACUCAGUAAUAUAAUAACAAUAACAAAUAAAAAAAAAUAAAAACAAUAAUUAUUAUUAUAACUACAGCAUUCAUUUAUAAUGUUAAACAAUCAUUGAAUCGUAUUAUCAACGACACAAUUUAAUACUUAAAAAAAAAAAUUUCAAAAAUAAAUUAU